UGAAAAGAAUAAUAUCCCUUUUCAAAACUGAAACUGCAUCUUGCCAAAGACCUUUGAACAUUGCCAAGAAGUGCAUUGAUGAUCAAGCAAGCGCUAAAGAUGUAAAGCCGUAUCUUUAUUUUCUUCAAAACUCAGGAUUUCUUGAAGUUGUGUACUUGACAGAAAGGAACACAGAUCCACAUUUUAAACCAAUGAGAGCCCUUGAUAAAAUUACAGAAAUAAUGAAAAAAAUUAUACAGUGCUUCAAAAAUGAUCUGGCAUCAAGUCAACGCCCUUUGGAUAUUGCCAAGAAAUGCAUUGAUGGCCAGUCAACAAAAAAAGCUGUGAAUCCAUAUCUCUAUUGCCUUGAAAGUUUUGGAUAUUUGAAAGUCAAAUAUUUGACGGAACGGAGGACAGAUCCUCGUUUUGAACCAACUGAUAAACUUAACGAUAUAACAGAUGACAGAAUCAUGGAGCUCACUUCUGAAGUCUUGAGUGGAGUAGGACAAGAGGAUGGGAAUUGUAUCCAAGAAAGUAUGACGAUAGAGCAGACUAAAAUCGACUUGCUGGUCAAUGAUGUUGAAAUCUGGUUUGACUAUCUUUCACGUAAGUUGCCAUCUGGAAACCUCCAAUAUUUUUGUGCACUGCUCUUGGGAGAUAGCACGGUUGUCGAUUCUUGCAACACAAAGUAUGUACCCGAUAUCUUCUUUCAAGUCAUGAACUCUUGGAAAUGCAAAUAUCCAAAAGUGGAUCAUGUGAAGGAAUUAAUGGAAGUGCUCUCACGGUUAGAAAGGCAGGAUCUGGUAGAGGAGAUGCGUUCUUUCUCUAUUCAGAGCUUUUUUGUCCAUACUAUAAUAAUAGAGGGACCAAAUGUUUUUGUAGGUAAUGACGAUUUUAGACACAUAUCUAGAAGUAUUGCUCAAAGAUACGUGCAUGUGAUUCGCUUCCUUGGACUUCCUCAAAGUUCUAUCGAUCAGAUAGUGUUAAACUUUGCAAGCAACAUUGAGGAACAGAUUUUCCAAGCUCUGAAGAAAAUAAAACAUAAUUUCCCAGUACUGAAUAGGCAACAAGUCUGUAAUGCUUUGCACUAUGCUGACCAUUCAGAUGUGAUUCUUACGUUGAACGAGAUGUGGAGAAAACCUAUAUGAUGCUUUUCACUGCAUUUUACAUAUGCUUUUUAUCAAAGAUAUUAUCAAUCAUAAUAUAUUUUUAACUGUUAUCAAGAGGUAUUAAUGAAAAGAGAUAUGUAAAAUGUU